AUGACGACAAAGAUAAAUGUCUCUUACACAGAAAACUUUCUAUCGAAAGAUGACAACAAAGAUGCCCAUAUAUUGGGUUGUCCGGAAAAUGCACCACGCUCUGGAAGCCCGGUUGAAGAUGAUAAAGACACGAUAAAGGCAUUAGUUGAUGUAAAUCAACGAAUAACAACACGUGAGAUCCGUGAGAGAUUAAAUUUAUCAAAUUCAAAUGUUUAUGACCACUUGAAAGGCCUGCGUUUAACCUCGAAGCUCGAUAUAUGGGUUUCCCAAAUUCUCACGGAGAGAAAUUUGUGUCAUCACGUUGAUGUCUGUGAUUCGCUUCUCAAACAUCACGAAAUUGAUCCAUUUUUGAAGCGCAUCAUUACUGAGGACGAAAAAUGGGUUGUAUAUAACAAUGUCAAACGCAAGAGAUCAUGGAGCAAAAAAGAUGAACCGGCUCAAAGCAUUUCCAAAGCCAAUAUCCAUAAAAAAAAGCUGAUGCUGUCUGUUUGGUGGGAUUUUAAAGGAAUCGUUUUAUUUUACGAUUUUACCGGAUAA